CCACAAAGAUGGUCCAUUCGACAUUGGGACGUUUGACGUUGAACCGUGUGGAAUGUCGUCUAUUGCAAAGGCCACCAGUAUGUCGAAGAAUUUGCAGCCGAACAGAUAUUCUUGUGCCGAGGCAGCGGCCCAUUCGUGCAUCUGCGACCCCUUGGACUCGUCCGUCAGCGUCGAUUGCAAAGUACCAAAAGUCUGAGCUUUCCCACCACACCACUAGACGAACAAGUGUCACCACCACGGAAAACACACCUGCAUCUAUACAGCCUUCACCGUCAUUGUCAACAGAAGUCCAAAAGACCAUUUCGCCAUCUUGGAUAGAAAAAUGCCCGUCAUCCAUACAACCUUAUCUCCACCUUAUCCGUUUGGACAAACCUGCUGGAACAUAUCUUCUCUACCUCCCAUGCACGUGGUCGAUUGCCAUGGCCGCAUAUGCAGCGCAUGGUGCAAUAUCACCGACCACGACGGUGUGGUAUCUCGCUGUGUUUGGAACUGGCGCUCUCGUCAUGCGUGGCGCUGGCUGCACCAUCAAUGAUAUGUGGGAUAGGGAUAUUGACAAAAGGGUUUCGAGAACAAGGUCCAGACCACUCGCUGCCGGAGUCAUCACACCUUUCAAAGCGCUAGUUUUCCUUGGUGGUCAGCUUAGCUUGGGAUUGGCUGUGUUACUGCAGUUGAAUUGGUAUAGCAUUUUCCUCGGCUCGGCAUCUCUCAUUUUGGUAACCACAUACCCCCUUAUGAAACGGGUUACCUAUUGGCCUCAAGCCGUUUUAGGCAUGACUUUCAACUACGGAGCAAUGUUAGGAUGGUCUGCCAUGCUUGGAAGUUGUAACUGGGCUGUGUGCCUGCCAUUAUAUGCUGCAGGUAUCAGUUGGACAUUGGUCUACGAUAGUAUAUACGCGCUACAAGACAAGGCAGAUGACAUUAAGGCCGGCGUCAAAUCAACAGCCUUGAGGUUUGGGGCAUACGCUAAACCGUGGCUGACAGGAUUCGCAGCUUCGACAGUCGGUUUCCUCUCCUUGGCGGGUUAUAUGAAUUCACAAGGGUUGCCCUUCUAUGCCAUAUCGGUCGGCGGGGCAACCGCCCAUUUUGCUUGGCAAUUGGUAACGCUAAAAGUAGAUGACCCGAAGGAUGCGUGGGGAAAGUUCAAGUCAAAUGUCACCUUAGGAACUAUCGUUUUUGGGGGCGUGAUAACGGAUAUCAUUAUUAGGAAAUGGCUUGAAGAUAGGGAAACAAGUCCGGCUAAAGGAGCCGAUAAGGUUUGACACGCGUAGAUGACAUGGCGUAAGAGUGGGGAGGGAUAUUUUGGCGCCGGAUAUAGGUCGUCGAUAGAUGCAACAUAAAGCUGCCGAUAAUAGAUUGCAGACGGGGCCAUGUAGACACAUAAUUUAGAUAGUAUCCGUCAGCCCGGCAUGUUGUCGAAUUUUUUUGAUCAAUGCACGCUUCAUAAAUUGCUCCCUA